AUGGAUGGACACUCGAGUUCCAGGCCCGUCACGGUGCUGCUGCUCGCCGCCCUCACGAGCUCCGUGCUGGGCCAAGGUCCACCACGGUACAUCGAGCACGGAAAACCCCUGGUCCUGACUCCUCCGAAGUACAAAGACGUCAUCAGCAGCAUCGUGUGGACCCACAACACGAACCUGGUGGUGGAGUGGGUGAAUAUGGAGAAGGAGUUCUUCGGCUCGUUUAUAGGACGGACCGAACUGGACGAGAGCACCGCACAGCUGACCGUGAAAGACACCACGCAAAGCGACGGGGGAGAAUACAAGGUGGAGAUCAACAACGAGCCGCAGAGUCAAGUGUACAAGGCUGCUGUGAUCAAGAAGGUGCCCAAGCCCAAGGUGGAGGUGACCCCGUCAUGCGACCGCACAUCCAGUAAAUGUACCUUCACCUGUCAGGGAGACACCGCUGGGACUCAGCCCCUCAACUACAGCUGGGGGACGGACCAAGGUGUGUGGGCGCAGGAGCAGCAGAGCAUGGACCUCCUCAUCUUCAAAGACGAGAAGACGCAGCGUGUCAAAUGGAUCUAUUGCACGAUGAAGAACCCAAUCAGCGAAGAGGUGAGCUCCGCUUUUUUUAACCCAAUGUACUCGGGACUGUCUCCAGGCGAGCUGGCUGCAAGUAUUAUCAUCCCCAUCAUCAUUAUAGUUGUGGUCUUGGUUGGACUUGGAGUUUGGAAGCGAAAAGCCAUCAAGACAAAGUUCUGUGCAGAGUCAGGGCCUAUUUAGGGGAGGUCUGGAGUUCUGCUUUAACUGAAAGAGAUAGAAGUCCAUCUGUUAAUCGACCCCUGAAUGGAAAG